AUGAGUGAAUCUUAUGAAGGAGAUCCGCAGGUCAUUUCGGCUUCCAGAGAAGAGGUUUCUUCGUCGUCUUCUCCGCCUCAAGAAGAUGAUGUGGUAGAUCCGACACCCACUCCUCCAACAACGGCUGGUGAUGAUAAUGAGGCGGGAGAAGCAGCAAAUGCGGAGGAAGCUCAACACGAAAAUCAUGCACUUCAACAAGAGGAAGAACCCGAAGAUGAUGAAGAAGGAUUUAAACCUUUUGAUCCAAAUGCAUCCAUGAACGUCAGUAAUAUUGUAAAUACUCAACUGAAUGAUACCAUGGGAAGUUUUGUCUCUUCCGCGAAUGCCUUGCAAGGCAUCAAUGACAAUAAUGAUACUCCGAAUGUCAUCCAAGAUGUCGAAGCAUUGAGAGAGGAAGAAAAUAGAAAGAAACGAGAAGAACAUUUGAAAAUGAAAAUUCGUCAGCUCAAGGACGAAGAACAGUCCUACUCGAAAAUUAAUCUCACCAAUAUUAAUGCGAAUUGGUUGUACUUGAUGAGAGAAAGUAAAUUGAAAGAGCUCAAGGAAACAAUUCAAAUACAGGCUCAGGAUCACGACCGAUUAGUCGACAGAAAGAAUGCCACCAUUCAACUCAUGUACAGAGAAUUGGAUGAAUCCGAGGAGCAGUACCGAUCUGCUCUGAGAACUCACAUGCAACAUAUCGAGGAAUUGCUACAAUUGCAAGAUCAACGUCUCACUAUUCUCCAUCAAGAGUUCAACAAUGACUUGUAUCUCUUAAAAAAAGGAAUAUGA